CCCCUCCACGAAUCCUCUUUAAUCUCCGUCCUUUGUUCCCACCCAUCAUCUCAAACCCACUCCCGUUUCGUCCAAAAAUGCCUCCUUUCGCCUUUUUCACCUUUCCUCCACUCCUUUACCUCCUCUACCGCUCCUUCUAUUCCCUCCUGUGGAUCCCUUACCGCACCCAGCUCCACUUCCGCCGCCAGGGCGUCCGCGGCCCACCCCGCCGCCUCCUCUCCGGCAACGCCGCCGACGUCCGCGACCUCAUCGCGAGGGCCCAGGCGGCGCCGCUGCCGGCGUUCCGCCACCACGACGUCGCCGGCCGGGUCGUGCCUCAUUACCGCGAGUGGUCGGCCCGGUUCGGCCGGACCUUGGUAUUCUGGUUCGGGCCGCAGCCGAGGCUGGCGAUCGCGGAGCCGGAGCUGGUCCGGGCGGUCCUGACGGACUCGACCGGGCGGUUCGAGAAGGUGGGGUUCAACCCGGUGGCGAAGCAGCUGUUCGGGGACGGGCUGCCGGGGCUGAAGGGGAGGAAGUGGGCCCGCCACCGGAGAGUCAUCGCCCCGGCGUUCAACAUGGAGCGAGUCAAGUCUUGGAUACCUGCAAUUGCCUCUAGCACAUCAACUAUGUUAGAGAAAUGGGAGGUGCAAGGUGGCAGUAGCUCUGAAUUUGAGGUAGAAGUGAAUAAAGAAUUCCACACUUUUACAGCAGAUGUCAUAUCUCAAGUUGCUUUUGGAAGUAGCUACAAGGAGGGAAAGCGAAUAUUCCAAUUGCAAGAAGAACAAAUGCUUCUCGUUUCUCUUGCAUUAAGAACUGUCUACAUUCCAGGGUUCAGGUUCAUUCCUACAAAAAAGAACAGAAAAAGAUGGGGCUUAAAUAAGGAAAUUCGGAAAUCAUUACAGAAACUGAUUCAGGCCAAUUGGAAUGAGUGUGAGAAUUCUAAAAACUUACUUGGUCUGAUGAUUUCAGCUCAUAAGAAUGAUGGAGAAGAGAAAAUGGAACUUGAAGAAAUCAUAGAUGAGUGUAAGGCAUUUUACUUUGCUGGGAAGGAAACAACUGCUAACUUUUUGACAUGGGUGAUACUUCUUCUAGCAUUGCAUCAAGAUUGGCAAAAGAAGGUGCGAGACGAGGUCAUUUGUGUUUGUAGCAACCAUAAAUAUCCAAAUGCGGAUGAUCUGGUGAAUCUAAAAAUUGUGAGCAUGGUGCUUAAGGAAACUCUCCGGCUGUAUCCUCCGGCGGUAGCACUUCGUAGGCUAACCACCAAAGACACCAAGCUUGGGACUCUCGACAUACCGGCAGGUACACAACUCUAUAUGCCUAUAAUCGCUAUUCAUCAUGAUGCUGCAGUCUGGGGUGCCGACGCCGAUGAGUUCAACCCAUUAAGAUUUGCAGGGGGUGAAGGGCAUCAUCUUGGUUCCUUCAUUCCAUUUGGCCUUGGGCCUACCAUAUGUGUUGGCCAAAAUCUGGCUAUUGUUGAGGCUAAAGUAGCUCUUGCAAUGAUUCUCCAACGGUUUGAGUUUGUUGUUUCCCCUUCUUAUGUUCACGCCCCCAUGUUGCUGCUCACUGUUCAGCCUCAAUAUGGUGCUCAAGUUUUAUUCAGGAAGAUUUGAGUGAUUAUGUGCUCUUGGAUGUGACUACGGAAUUGAAUUGGUAUGUAAAUAGUCCAAGUGCAAAAGAAUGGCUAACUGCUUUGUUGAAUGGCUUCAGCAGGGCCCACAGGUUUGUGACCAUGUUGUUGUAUAUAUCCCAUGGCUUAGUCUCGGGACAAAAGCAAAAAAAAAAAAAAAACAUUA